AGACUAACUUUAAUACUAUACUCCUCUACUACGUUUUUACUAAGCAAAGUUCUUGUUUUUUUUUGGUUUGAGGUGCAUAUUUCACAUAUUAAACACAAAGAUUAAAAUAACCUCGGCCAAAUGAGUCGACUAGGUCACCUCGUUUGUACGUCUACUAACAAGUCCUCGGUACUCAAGCCACUUUUGACGCCUAAAUUUAUCAAGAAAUACAGUGAGCACAAGAAAGGAGAAGGAAAGGAAGAAAUAGUGUCAUCAACGGACACUGAAAGAGCACCAUCAACAGCCGAAGUGAUGGAACAAAUAACUCAAGAGAAGGAGGAGAUAGAAAGAGAAUUAGAUGAAAAAUCUCAUCAAGGUUUCGUAAGCCAAACCUCUGACAAGGUGGUGGAUGCUACCAUGGAGGUUGUUGGUGGCGGCGCCGACCCGGAAACCGUCAAGGAGAAGUACAAAGAGGCUGCUCCAGGAGAAACCUACCAUAAGCCCCGAGAUGAUGGUGUUUCAGUAACUAGCAUAUAAUUUGUUUGGUGUAAACUUUGUAAUGUUCUUCAGUUUAGGAAUAUCAAAUAUGUGUGCGUGUGACUAUAGUAGAAUCAAUGAGACAACUAAAUUUUGAAAGA